AUGGCUCCCUUGAAGCUCAACCAGAAGAACCUGCCCCAGAUCUGCGCUGCGGCGCCAGUUCAAUUCCCUUCCUACUCGCGUGGCGACGCCGUCAAGGAGGGAAUCGUCCACAUUGGUGUCGGUGGCUUCCACCGAGCUCACCUGGCUGUCUACGUUGAUCAGCUUAUGCAGCAUCAUGGCGUUACCGACUACGCCAUUUGCGGAGUUGGCUUGCAGCCUUGGGACGUAGGCAUGCGUGACGCCUUAGGUGGGCAGGACCACCUCUAUACUGCUAUUGAGCGGUCCGCCAAGGGUAGCGUUGCCAAAGUGAUGGGCAGUAUUAACUCCUUCCUCUUCGCUCCCGAUAACCGCGAGGCUGUCAUUGCUAAGAUGGCGCACCCCGAUACCCAUAUUGUGUCGCUUACUAUCACCGAGAGCGGAUAUUACUACAAUGAGAAUACCCACGAGCUUCAGACCGAGAACCCCGAUAUCCAGCACGACCUCGACCCUGCCAAUAAUGCCCCAAAGACCACUUUUGGCUUCCUCUACCAUGCCAUGGACCGCCGUCGCCAGCAAGGACUGAACCCUUUCACAGUUAUGUCCUGUGAUAAUAUGCAGGGUAAUGGCGCUAUUACCCGCCAUAUGCUAGUCUCCUUUGCCCGUGUCCGCAACCCCGAGCUCGCGGAGUGGAUCAACACCAAGGCCCACUUUCCCAACGCCAUGGUGGACCGUAUCACCCCACAGACCUCCCCCGCCGAUAAGGUAUCUCUUGCACAGGAAUUUGGCAUUGAGGAUGCAUGGCCCAUUGUCACCGAACCUUUCAUGCAGUGGGUCAUCGAGGACCACUUCAGUGACGGUCGCCCACCAUUCGAAAAGGUCGGAGUGCAAAUUGUCAAGAAUGUUAAGAAUGUUGAAGAGUUUGAGAAACACAAGCUACGUCUGCUUAAUGGCAGUCACGCCAUUAUUGCCUACGGUGGCCAACUAGCAGGGUACAAAUACGUCCAUGAGGUCAUGCAGGACCCGCUAUUCAAUAAAUUUAUUUGGCAGUUGAUGCAGGAGGAGACAAAGCCUACCCUCCCCGAAAUCGAAGGCGUCAGUAUCGACGACUACUGCAAAACGCUCGUGGAGCGAUUCUCCAACCCCACCAUCAUGGACCAGUUGCCCCGUAUUUGCGGCGGUGGUACUGGUAAGAUCCCCCAGUUCAUUAUGCCCACCAUUGCUGAGGCUAUUUGGGUGACUGGACCUUUCCGUCGUCUUUGUUUCACCGCCGCCACCUGGUUCCACUACAUCAAUGGUGUGGAUGACAACGGCAACAAGAUCGAUGUUCAGGACCCCAUGCUUGAGGAGAUCCAGACCCGGGCUCGCAAUGGAGGUACCAACCCCAUGGAAUUGCUCAACAUCAAAAAUCUCUUCGGUGAGGACCUGCGCUCCGACAAGCGCUUCAUUGAAACCAUAACUAUCGCUCUGGAGGAAAUUGCCCGGGACGGUGUCUUGAAGUCACUUCCCAAGUACAUUGACUAG